AUGGCGUCCGUAACUCGCAUCAACCGAGUCGCGUCUCUCACACGACCACUUAUCAGAAACACCUCGCGACCAGUCAACCCACAGCAGUACCGGCCAUGGCGACAAGUUCGCUGGAGCUCGCAUGCCCCCUCGUCUCCGACUAUGCUGGCUAGAGGCCAGAAGCCCGUCACGAUCCAAACCCUCCAGAAAAUGCAUGCUGAGGACAAGCCCAUCACGAUGUUGACUGCACACAAUUUUCCCUCGGCUCUAAUGGCACAAGAAGCUGGAAUGGAUAUGAUCUUGGUUGGCGACUCACUUGCCAUGGUGUCCCUCGGCAUGCAAGACACGUCCGAAGUCACCCUCGACGAAAUGAUCGUCUCCGCCCGCGCGGUUAGCCGAGCAGUAACCCGGUCCUUCACCGUCGGCGACCUCCCCAUGGGUUCGUACGAACUCAGCCCAGAACAAGCACUAGCCAGCGCCAUUCGAAUGGUCAAAGAAGGGCGCAUGCAGAGUGUCAAGCUUGAAGGAGGAGCCGAGAUGGCGCCUGCAAUCAAGAAGAUCACAACCGCCGGCAUCCCUUUGUGUGCACACAUCGGUCUCACCCCGCAACGCCAGCAUGCUCUUGGGGGCUUCCGUGUACAAGGCAAUACUCUCGAUAAAGCAAUGUCCCUGCUGAAAGAUGCCAAAGCUGUGGAGGAAGCAGGAGCUUUCAUGGUCGUGCUGGAAUGUGUGCCGCCCGAUAUCGCCGAGGAAGUCACCAAGGCCCUCAGAAUACCCACCAUUGGCAUCGGCGCAGGCAAUAAAACCAGUGGUCAGGUUCUGGUGCAGAUCGAUAUGCUCGGCGUUCGUCCGCCUGAUAGUUUCAUGCCAAAGUUCGUCAAAAAGUAUGGUUCGAUAUGGGAAGCUGGGUUGAGCGCCAUUAAGCAGUACAAGGAUGAGGUCAGCGAUCGAAGCUAUCCAAAUGCACCGUAUGUGUACAAGAGUGACGCAAAGGUCGCAGAGGCGUUUAAGGUGGCCAUUCAAUCUGCAGAGGCGCAGAAGGCGUGA